UUCAUGACCCUUGACAGGUUUGAGAUUUGACAGCCUUGUAUGGUAUGUAAAAGUUCAUCAAUCCAAUCAAAGGAAAUAACUAUUUGCAAGCAAAAAACAGAUUUGCAAGGAAAAGAAGACUUGCAAACAAAACUAAUGGAUUUGCAAGUAAAAAAAACCAAACAAUUCACAAGCACAAAAUGUAUUUGCACACAAAAAUAAUGGAUUUGCAAGAAAAUCCGGAAGUUUCAUUUGCAACUGUCAAAAGUUUUGGAUGUGCCUCCCAGCAUGCUAAUCUCAUUCCCUGUUGUGGGCGGGGCCUCCUCUGGAGGUAUAGGUCUCGAAUAUUGGCUGCCAACUUUCUCCCUCAAGAGAGUGAAAAUACUAAAGGCAGUCAACAUAGAACUACUCACCACUGGAGAAAUUGAAGCAUCCAUGGAUCUCAGUGAGGAGGAAUUUACUCCUCUGAUGGUGAGAGACCGCGGAGGAAGCCAGAGGUCCAGUACAAGCACUGGCCCCGGUUUGCAAGUACACCUCUACUUCCUCCCUCUCACAAAGAAUGCAUCAACAAUACACAUAUCAGCUGGCCACGUCUCUGCUGAAAAUAUCUGCAUCGAAGCAGCCAAACGAUGCGAAAUUUUACCAGUUUACCAAAGUCUUUUUGGUUUGGCGUCUGAUGACCUCUCAUUCUGGUAUCCUCCGUCACACGUGUUCAAAACAGAAGAAAACGUACAGGUCCGCUUCAGACUCAGGUAUUUCUUUGGAAACUGGUAUGGACAGGGACCAAGAAUGUCAUACCGCUACACUCUGACCAGAGACAGAAUCAGUCCUGUGCUUGACUACAAAGUCAUUGACUAUCUCUUUGCCCAGGUACGAAGUGACUUUAUCACAGGCGAGGCAGGCGUUACUCCACCUUUGAGCACUCAAGAAGAAUGCCUCGGACUUGCAGUGCUGGACUUGUGGAGGAUGGCAAAGGAGCAGCAUCACAGUGUAAGGGAUCUCUGCAAGAUUGUCAGCUACAAAUCUUGCCUUCCGAAGUCACACCGCCACGACAUCCAGAAACGGAACCGCCUGGACCGCUAUCGAAUCAGAAAUACUCUCAAGCGUUUCCUCAAGAAACUUGGAAACUGUUCAGUGGACGAGUGCAGCUUGAAACUGAAAUACCUGGUUGAACUGGCUGGAAUUGUUCCAACCUUAGGAAGUGAAGUCUACUGUGUGAGCGCUGGUUCUUCCCAUUCCAAUGGAAUGUUCACUCACGUGAGGGUCAGUGGUGAAACUGGCAUUCAGACCAGUGGAAGUUGUCAGCCUGAUGGUUCCUUGGAGUGGCAAACCUUCUGUGAUUUCCAGGACAUAAUUUCUAUCAGCAUCGAAAGGAUAUCCCAUGAGCUGGUAUCCCAAGACAGCAGGAUGGUGACAGUGACUCGUCAUGAUGACAGAUGGCUGGAAGCCAAUUUCCAGACUCUUAAAGAAGCGCUAUCCUUUGUGUCGCUUGUUGAUGGCUACUUCAGACUGACCGCAGACUCCAGCCACUACUUCUGUCAGGACGUUGCUCCUGAAAGUAUUCUGGAAGGUAUCAAAAACCACUGCCAUGGUCCAAUCACAUCAGAGUUUGCAGUCGACAAAUUGAAAAAAUCCGGUUAUAAAGGUGGAACAUUCUUACUCCGACAGAGCCCCAACAUCUUUGAUAACUUCUUCCUCACUGUCUGUAUUCAGACAUCGCUUGGACUUGAUUACAAAGACUGUCUCAUCAUUAAGAAUGAUUUCUACCAUCUUCCUGGUGUCCAGCAGUCCUUUUCCAGUUUGAGAGAGCUCACCAGCUUUUACCAACAACAUAAACUGCUGCUGGAUCAUGUGCCUGCCAAGCUUGUCCAUUGCUGUCCACCCCGACCCAAAGAGUUCACAAAUCUCAUCAUCAUACGCAACAGCAGCUCUGUAGAGGCUCAAGGGUCCCCAACACCUGAGAGGAAAAAAUUUUGUCAUAUCCAGUUCCACAUGAUCAAAUAUGAAGACCUAAAAUGCGGUGAAAGCCUUGGACAGGGAUCCUUUACUCGAGUUUUUAAAGGCUCCAAAAUAGACAUUCGUGAUGGGGAGAAACAUGUGACGGAUGUUCUACUGAAAGAACUCAUUGGUGUUCACAAGAACUGCUGGGAAUCAUUUUUUGAAGCUGCCAGCAUAAUGAGUCAAAUCUCUCACAAGCACCUCCUUUUGGUUUAUGGCAUCAGUGUUUAUGGAACAAAAAACAUAAUGGUCCAAGAGUUUGUAAAGUAUGGAGCCCUCGACCUUUAUCUGAAGAGGGGGAGGUCCGUGUCAGUGAGCUGGAAACUUGACGUAGCCAAACAACUUGCCUGUGCUCUCAACUUUCUGGAAGAAAAGAACAUCGUUCACGGGAAUAUCUGUGCAAAAAACCUGCUACUGGCCAGAGAAGGUGACAUAUCUAAGGGCAGCUCUCCUUUCGUCAAGCUUAGCGACCCUGGUAUCAGCGUUGCAAUGAUAAGCAGAGAUGUUAUCCUGGACAGAAUUCCCUGGGUGGCGCCUGAGGUACUGAAGUCCCCAGACAACUUGACUCUGGAGAGUGAUAAGUGGAGCUUUGGCGCCACUGUGUGGGAAAUCUUUAACAGUGGUCAUGCUCCGCUGCAAGACUGGGACCUUGAACAGAAGCAGCAGUUUUACAAGGGCUUCCAGCAGCUGGCGCCCUCUCAAUGGACAGAACUCGCUGAGCUGAUCAGCAAGUGUAUGAAUUACAAGGCAGCCUUCAGACCUUCAUGUCGCAGUCUCAUCCGUGACCUCAACAGUCUCAUCACAUCAGACUAUGUGAUACUUCACGCCACUGAACCUGUCGCACUGAGCCCAGUGUAUCGAACAUCUAUGCAUAACCAGAGAUUAUUUGAGGAGCGGCACCUACGUUUCAUCUCACUACUGGGAAAGGGAAACUUUGGGAGUGUUGAACUGUGUCGUUAUGACCCACUGGGAGAUGACACAGGUGAGAUGGUUGCUGUAAAGAAGCUGCAGCCCAGUAAACAUUCAACCCUGGAAGACUUUCGCAAGGAGAUCAAAACCCUCAGCAUGUUGCACUGCGACUACAUUGUCAAGUACAGAGGAGUCUGCUACAGCAUGGGUCGUCAGGAUAUGAGUUUGGUGAUGGAAUACUUACCCCAUGGAAGUCUUAUUGGAUAUCUACAAAACAACAGACACAUCAUCAUCAUCAGGCGCCUGUUACUUUUUGCAUCACAGAUAUGUAAGGGAAUGGCGUACCUGCAGACUUUACGUUACGUGCACCGUGACCUGGCAGCCAGAAACAUCCUUGUGGCUAGUGAAUCACUGGUGAAAAUUGCAGAUUUUGGACUGACCAAGAUUGUUCCUUUGGACAAGGAGUACUACAGAGUCACAAAGCCUGGAGAGAGCCCCGUCUUCUGGUAUGCCCCAGAGUCCAUCAACGAGUCCAGAUUCUCCCAAAAGUCAGACGUCUGGAGUUUUGGAGUUGUUCUUCAUGAGCUUUUUUCCUACUGCGAUACAAAAUCCAGCCCCCAAAAGCUGUGUAUGCAGGAAAUUGGAAACAGCGUGCACGGACCAUCCAUUUCAAUGCAUCUUCUAAGUAUCCUGAAGAAUAACUGGAGGUUGCCUCUUCCUCCCAACUGCCCACCGAAGGUCUACAGUUUGAUGACACAGUGCUGGACGUACAACUUUGAGGAGAGGCCAUGUUUCUCCAGCCUGGAGGAUCAAAUUGACAGCAUCAUGCGAGAAGAGAGAGAAAACCUGAAAGGGUAACUGGGAGAGCAGCUUGUCGCAUCACAAAAAUGGCAUAUAACACCGUAGCAGUAUCAAAAUGGUUGAAAAACCAUUCAGGGAAUGAAGUCAUCUACUUUUGUGGUACUUUUGAUGAAUUGUCUUGAGAAUAAAGUUUUAGUUUGUCAUCUUGUAUUUUGCACAUUCUAUGAUAUGGAAGUAUAUGGUUGAACGGUGCCUUAUCUAUCCCAACCUCAAAGCAAUACUGACGUUCAAAAUAUGGAUAAAACUACAGCCUACAGGGUUAUAAAUACAAUGUUGUCACACAGAAAUUUCACAGACACAAGUACUGUAUGGUAAAAAUGAACGACAGAAAAAACGAACAACAUGUUAACAACUUACAGUGGCAGAUGGACACGGACUCCGGGCCAACUAGCAAAACACCCGCAUGCAAGUCCAGGCCAAGGACACUUGAAAUUACCAGGAUUGUCAAUGAUUGUCAAGUCGGCAUUCACUUCCGUAGUACGCCCUGCGCGGGUUUGGCCACCAUGAUGGUGAACAGAAUCCAGAAACCUUAGUUUCAACGCAAUACAAACGUUUCAAACAAGAGGUUGGGGAAAAACAAACCACGAACA